AUGGCAUCAAGUCUUCUUCUCAUUGUGGUCCUCUGUUUGACCAGUGGGCUGUGGAUUGGAGCAAAUGCGUCAUGUGAAGAUGAGUGCUGCAGAACCUGCCCAGAUGGUUGGACUCCAUUUGGCAAAAAGUGUUACCAGUUCCACCACGCUCCAAAGACCUGGGCUGAUGCAGAGCGUUUCUGCACCACUCUCGGUGGAAAUCUGGCUUCCCUCCACACCCAAGAACAGUACAAAGCCUUCAGACAGGUGAUCCUGAGAGUGACUGGCACACAUACAAACACUUGGGUUGGAAGCUACGAUUCAUCAGGCGAGGGUGUGUGGCUCAACAGUGACGGUUCACUGUUUGACUUCAAAGGCUGGGCCAAAGGGGAGCCCAGCAACAGUGGUGGAAAAGAACACUGCAUGGAGAUCAACUUUAAAGGAAAGGAUUUCGUCAAUGACACACCCUGUGGUCAGAAGAAAUCUUUUGCUUGUGCCAGAGACCUGUAAUCACUCCCCUCCAUGACACAUCAGCUGUGGUAAUAUCACAUCCCCACUGAUAAUGUCACUUGUAACAGGGAGUCGAGCCUCGACGACAUCGCUGCUGGAAGAUCUCUUAACAAUUCUGAAUUGAUUUCAGCUUCAUCAAUAAACACAUAUAUCCUGUUCAGCAA